UAAACUUUUGAAGUGGCGAGGGUUGAAGGUUCAUAACAAAGACCAGGAUUGGAACAAGAAACUCAGCUAGCCGCUAUUGAAAAAAUCAAAAAGUCAAACGACAAAGUGAAUACUAAAAAGGAACCACGUCAAGCACAACAAUUACUCAUAUUCAUCCAUUAGUGCUCAAAAUAACAACACCAAACACGAAGAGUGUAGCCAGCCAUACAGCUGCGGACAGUAUUCCAUAUACUACCCUUUCUGGGGAGGGAUCAGACCCAAUUAUUGUGCCAGCAAUGACCAAUUGAAGCUCCAAUGCGAGGGUAAUCAAAACACCACCAUUCAACUUGGUUCACAAAGUUUCCAAGUGCUUCACUUUGAUGAUCCAGUGCAUUACACCUUGACCAUGGUUCGAACAGGCCUCAUCUAUGAUCAUUGUUCUUCCUCGGCCUUAACCAACACUUCCUUCAACUCGAGUCUCUUUCGUUACUCGCAAAAUGUUACCAACAUCACCAUCUUCUAUGGUUGUCCUAGCUCCGUGUUUGCGAAUAGGAAUUACUCUUUUCCAUGCAAGGAAGAUCACAAUAUGAGUGCUUUCUAUGGGGACCCCGAAACUGCAAGAGUUCAAGACUGUGAAGGACCUAGGAUUGAAGUGCAAGUAUCAAAGGAACCUGUGCUUGGUGAAGGAAUUGAAGGGCUGAACAAAGCUUUGAGUGAAGGGUUCAGAGUGCAUCUUAUUUCAGAGGCUCAAGUUCAACAGUGCUUAGAAUGCGUUGUAAGUAAUGGAACAUGUGGGGCUAAUGAUGAGUCUCAGUUUACAUGUUUUUGCCAGGAUGGAACUGAAGGUUUAGAUUGUUCUGAUCAUCAUAAUGUGAUUACAGGAAUCUAUGAUUGGCGGGGUGCUGAAAUCUUCAAAGUGCUUGACUUUUUCAAGGGUGACCAACAAUUGGUUGCUUCUGAGUUUGAGAUUUAUUUUCCUGAUUCAGGUAAUAAAUGGAAUUGGGAAAGGAAGGUUGGUAUAGGCGUUUCUGCUGCUGUGCUCGGGGCAAUUGUAGUCAGCAUUGGCUUUUAUAUCUGUAGUCGUCAGAAGAAGAAGAAAAAUCUUCAUGCAGUAUCAUCAUCUGUACAAUCUAAAGAAACCUCUUAUAGUUCUUCUAUAGAAGAUACUGAGAAGGGAUGCACAUACUUUGGAGUCCAUUUCUUCACUUAUAGUGAACUUGAAGAGGCCACCAACUUCUUUGAUCCUGCCAGAGAACUAGGAGAUGGAGGAUUUGGAACUGUGUAUUUUGGCAAACUUCACGAUGGACGUGUAGUUGCAGUGAAGAGAAUGUACGAGAACAGUUAUAGAAGAGUGGAGCAAUUCGUGAAUGAAGUAGAGAUCCUAACAGGCCUACACCACCAAAACCUCGUGUCACUGUACGGAUGCACAUCUCGACACAGCAGAGAACUUCUGCUCGUAUACGAAUACAUUCCAAAUGGAACCGUUGCUGAUCACCUCCACGGCCAAAGAGCGAAACCUGGCACACUUGCUUGGCACACAAGAAUGAACAUUGCCAUAGAGACUGCUAGUGCACUGGUGUAUCUCCACGCCUCUGAAAUCAUCCACAGGGACGUGAAAACGAAUAACAUUCUCCUCGACAAUCACUUCAGUGUGAAAGUAGCGGAUUUUGGCCUCUCGCGUCUCUUGCCAACGCACGCCACACACGUUUCCACCGCGCCACAAGGGACUCCAGGUUAUGUGGAUCCUGAGUACAAUGAGUAUUACCAACUCACUGAUAAGAGUGAUGUUUAUAGCUUUGGAGUUGUGUUGAUUGAGCUCAUAUCAUCGAUGCCUGCGGUUGAUAUCUCGAGGCGUAGGCAUGAGAUAAACCUGUCCAAUAUGGCCAUUAAGAAGAUACAAAGUGGGGCAUUGCAUGAGAUUGUGGACACUACUCUUGGGUUUGAGACGGAUUUCAAGGUGAGGAAAAUGAUCAGUGCUGUGGCUGAGUUGGCCUUUCAGUGCUUGCAGAGUUCAAAAGAUGUUAGGCCCUCUAUGGCAGAAGUGUUGGAUAGGCUAGAGGAUAUUAGAAGUGAUGGGAGUCAUAGGAGCAAGCAUGAGGUGCUAGAUAUAUCAGAAGAUGAUGCUGCUUUGCUCAAGAAUGUGCCUCCUCCACCUUCACCUGAUUCACAUUUGGUGACCAUUUCUAAUUCUACACCACCAAAUGAUAGCCAGUGAUUUAAUGUGUGUUUGGGAAACAGUUGAAUCCAAUGCCAACGGACAAGGCUACAACAUAGUUGCUUUGAAAAGUGUGAUUUUCCCGUUCAACGUGGAUCUAACCCGUAUCCAAACACACCCUUAAAUUAUUGGGUGUCCUUAGAAUGAUAGAACUGAUUUUGUUAUGACUUGUAAAUUGUAUUUUUUUUUUAUUGUGAAUUCUUUUAUGCAAGUCCAUAACAUUAGUAAACAACACAGAUAUGUGUUAACUGUUGUAAACCUUUGGUUAGCGACAUUACAUACACACAUUAAUUUAUGGUUAAGAAAGUAACAACAUUACAUACACACAUUAA